AUGGUCUUCACACCUCCCGAAUGGGUAGCAAAGCUACCCCCCAUCCCCGACCACAUCCCCAUCGCAGACUUCGUCCUCGACGAACGCUACGGUCGUGCACCGCUGGGGUACUCGCGCGACCCGUUCACCUGCGGUCUGACGGGGAAGACCUAUUCAGCUCUUGAUGUCGUCGAACGGGUCGACUUUCUCUCGCGCGCCCUGGCGAACGAGUUCGAUUGGGCGCCGAACAGGGGGACGGAAUGGGAUAAAGUCAUCGGUGUAUUCAGCUUGAACACAAUUGAUACGCUUCCUCUGGCGUGGGCAGUCCAUCGGCUCGGGGGUCUCGUCUCCCCCGCAAACGCCGCCUAUUCGGUCGCCGAGCUGACGUACCAGCUGCGUGACGCCAAAGCGACCUCCCUAUUCACCUGCUUGCCCCUGUUGAAAACCGCGCUCGAGGCGGCGGCUCAGGCGGGCAUCCCUCGUCGGCGGGUCUACCUGCUCCGUCUCCCGCCGCAGAUAGCUGGAGAUGCUCAACCUGCCGAGUUCACGACCGUUGCUCAGCUCGUCGACCGGGGGAGAUCGCUCCCUCGUGUUGAGAAGCUGCAGUGGGCGGCGGGGGAGGGGAGUCGACGUACCGCGUUUCUGUGCUAUUCAAGUGGCACGUCUGGGUUGCCUAAAGGAGUUAUGAUCUCCCACCGCAAUGUCAUUGCCAAUACCCUCCAAAUCACCGCGUUUGAAAAGGACUACCGUGACUCUCUCCGACCUCCAGGCGUGCAGUCGGACGUGACGGAAAUUGCCCUCGGCCUGCUCCCGCAGAGUCAUAUCUAUGCCCUGGUGGUGAUGUGCCAUGCAGGGCCCUACCGCGGUGACCAGGUCAUCGUCCUGCCCAAGUUCGAGAUCGAGUCCUUCCUGGCGGCAGUUCAAGACUACAGAAUCAGCUCGUUGUUCGUGGUGCCCCCCAUCAUCAUCGCCAUGCUGCGGAACAAGAAGCUUUUAGAAAAAUAUAACCUGAGUAGCGUCCGUUCGCUGUUCAGUGGUGCCGCCCCGUUGGGCGAAGAAACCGCACGCGAGCUACAAGAGUUCAAUCCUUCCAUGAUCAUCCGACAGGGAUACGGCCUCACUGAGACCGCCACGGUGGUCACCUCCACACACCCGACGGACGUCUUGUUCGGCUCCUCCGGCGUGCUCCUCCCUGGCGUCGAGGCCCGUCUCGUCGAUCCCGAAGGGAACGAGAUCACCACUCUCGACACCCCCGGCGAGCUGAUUGUCCGCAGUCCCAGUGUCACGCUGGGCUAUCUGCACAACGAAAAGGCCACCCGCGAGACGUUUGACAAGGACUGGAUGCGCACCGGGGACGAGAUUGCCAUUCGGCUCAGCCCAUCGGGAAACCAGCACGUCUUUGUCGUUGAUCGAAUCAAGGAGCUCAUCAAAGUGAAGUCGAGUUCUAAUGUUCUUCAGGGCCAUCAAGUCGCCCCCGCCGAACUGGAAGCCCACCUCUUAACCCACCCGUUCGUCGCGGACUGUGCCGUCAUCGCCAUCCCCGACGAAUCCGCCGGCGAGGUCCCCAAGGCGAUCGUGUCCAAAUCUUCUGCCGCGGGCGACGACGACGCUGCCACCAUCCGCGCCAUUCAAAAACAUGUCGAGGACCACAAGGCCCGCCACAAGUGGCUCAAGGGAGGGGUUCGAUUCAUCGACGCGGUGCCCAAGAGUCCGAGUGGGAAGAUCCUACGCCGGCUGCUGCGGGAUCAGGAGAAGGAGGCACGGCGGAAAGCUGGAGCGAAGAUUUAG